UUCUUUAUCAUUACAAUAAAUAGAAAAUAUACAUUUGAGCUACACCACAAAUCAAUCCGAAUGACAAAACAAGUUUGGUGGUCGAUGCGGUCGAUUGCGGUUAAUUUCGCGUUUUCCAAGUUAGACGACGUGCACAUAAUAUAUAUAAAAUUGCUGUUAUCUCCCGUAAGAUUACAUAAAAAUACAGACCAUCUGCGCGGCAGAAAGUGACGAGGAAUAAUGCACGAUAGAAAUAGAAGGAGAUACGAGAGCAUGAGAUGCGAAUAGUAUUUGAACAGAGAUUGACCUCGGCAACAUAAAAAAUUAUAAGCUUUAGUUGCCAUCUUAUCGCGUUCAUAUCACCAUUCCAAAACAAGAAAUAUGACCGUUACAACUAGAUUGCUGCGAAAUACAGAGAAGUAGAGUGACUUAUUAAAUAAUCUGUUGUUCGUACGUCGAAACGAAUAAUAUUCGAUUUUCGCGUAUUGUAAGAUAAUCUAUUGAGUGAUCAGUAUCUCGCAGACGGAGAGGUGAAGAAACAGAAGAUACCGCUAAACAUCGAUAUCAAUAUGCUGAAAAUCGGUUUCCUCGGCGGGGGAAAAAUGGCCCAGGCGCUUGCUAAAGGUUUUAUACGGGCGGGUUUAAGCAAAGGCGAAAUGAUAUUGGCUAGCUGUCUUCCAAAUGAUACCGGCAGUAUUGAAACUUUUAAGAAAAUGGGAUCAAAUACUGUUUUUACGAAUAUACCUAUCAUCGAUUUCGGUGACGUGCUAAUCCUUUCGGUAAAACCGCAAGUUGUACCAAAAGUAAUAUCAGAAUUUAGGGUACAUGACAACAAGAAGUUAGUUCUUUCCAUCGCCAUGGGCAUCUCUCUGAUGUCACUAGAAAAGGCACUGCCAAAAGAAACGCCCGUGAUAAGAGUAAUGCCAAACACACCUGCAUUAGUUGGCUGCGGUGCUACGGUGUUUGCGCGUGGAAAAUACGCGAGUGACAAAGAUGCGGAGAUCGCAGAAAAACUAUUUUCCGCCGUAGGCAUCUGCGAAGAAGUCUCGGAAAAUUUCAUUGAUCCUAUAACUGCCUUGGCCUCUUCCGGUCCUGCCUAUAUAUAUAUGAUAAUCGAAGCAAUGGCCGAUGGUGGAGUUAAAAUGGGACUUACUAGACCUUUUGCGUAUAAGUUCGCUGCACAAACUGUCUUAGGCGCUGGUACAAUGGUCCGCGAGACAAACCUCCAUCCAGGACAGCUCAAGGAUGACGUAACUUCACCAGCAGGCUCGACCAUAACUGGUAUUCAUCAAUUAGAAAAGCAUGGCUUAAGAUCGGCAUUAAUCAGCGCUAUAGAGGCAGCAACACUUCGAUGUAAAGAAGUUAGUGCACAGAUCAACAAGCAUUAGUAAUGACAAUUAUUGUUGUAUUGACAUUUUAAAGAAAGGUAUCAAAUGAGAUAUAAUAAUUAUUUAAGAUAUCAGAACUUUUAACUGAAUUUUAAGAUGACACUUGAGAUAUCUCUAUUUUAUAUUGUAUUUAUCAAUUUUGUUAAUGAUAUAUAUUUAAAGAAUAAUCACAUUACUGUAGUAAUUUGCU